UUCAUUUAUAGAUAUGUGGUACAACAAGGUCGCCAAAAUAAGUUUUUAUUUGUCAAUCCUAAUAUCGUCGCCACUCAAGGGAGUUCAUUCGAUGAUCGUGUUCAGAAUCUGUUCAGACGUUGCAAUGACGUAAAAUCAAAAGAACAAGUUAUGCUUGUCCCUUGGAACCAUGGUGAACAUUGGAUGUUGCUUAUUUUGGCACCAUAUGCAUAUCAUGUUUAUUGUUGUGAUCCGGUGAAUUCAGAGCUAAAUAACCGUGAGGAGAUUGUAUCAGUGAUCGUCAGCGCUUUCAAUCUUUUUUUCUCUAUGAAUCUUCCUGAUGUCGAGAUCCUUGAUACUCUACGCAUUAAGCAACCUCAGUGUCCACACCAACCGGACAAUGUGGCAUGUGGAUACUACUUAAUGAGGAUGUUGAAGGAUUUGAUUGAACAUGUGAGUCCCGGGCAAUACUUGAGAACGAUGGGGGCAUCUUUCUUUAACAAACUUGAAGUGCAUGAGACUCGAUCUUUGUUUCCUAGCCGCAUGUAUUCUAAUAUGGAUUCCACCGAUCGAAGCCAUUCUUCUGCUUCUAUUGGGUCUGACCCGCCAUCGAAGUUCAGUGGUUGCUACUUUCCAAAGUGUUAA